AAUAAUGAGCUCUCAGGUUUGAAAUUGAAUUAAAACAAUAACAACGGAAAGCUACAACAAGUUCGGGCUCUCGGUUGCCUUGCCAUUUCUGACACUAAAUACAUUCGCCUCGCAUACAUUAUUUUAAAACUGUGAACUGCGAACAUCUGUGCUCCAGCACCGAUGCGGGUGCAUAAAAGUGAAAUUUCGUAUCGGCUGGAGAGCAAACAACGCAAAAGUGAAAGAGAAAACGCAAACGAAGAGGAGGGAAUCCAGCGAGAGAAAUCCUGACUCCCAGCGUAGCCAUGACGACGCCUGGCACCAGCAGCACCAGCAACAACAACACCUACAGAUAUGCCAACAACAACAGCAUCCUCCAAAAGUCAGCGUCCGCCUCCCCCACAGCCUCAGCGCCUUCCAACGCCUUUCUGGAUAUGGACUUGGCGACCAGCGAAGGCAAUACAUCCUCUGCAACUGUGACAGCAUCCACGCUCCUGCCUGCACUGGACUGUUCCGUGAAUGUAAACGAGGAUAGCACAGAGUGCGAUGCCUUCCUUAUUGGCAGUGUGGGGAGCAGGUCAAAGAGCGGGUCGGCCAGCGGCAGUCGGCGGAUCAACCGCCCAUCCUCUUCCCUGUACCGCGGCAAGAUGCGCAACUCCUGCUGGGUGCGCGCCCACUCGUUCGUCACUCGCAACUGGUACUUGGGGUGCCUGGUGCCAGCCUCCAUCCUGGGCGCCCUGCUCUUCGUCGGCUGGAUGACCCGCGACUAUGCCAAGCAGCUCCUCUUCUGGAUAGAGACGCAGAACGCCUGGCUGAUAUUUGCCAUCUUCAUGGCCCUCUUCACAUUGGUCAGCUUUCCGGUCGUGGUCGGCUACUUUGUGCUGCUCAUCACGGCCGGCUACCUCUUUGGCUGCCUGCGCGGCUGGUUGACCGUGAUACUGGGCGCCAAUCUUGGUAUAGCCAUUGCCCAUGCCACCAUUCGGAGCUGUCGUCAUCGGAUACCAGUGCAGAAGCUGGUCAAGAACGAUACGGGUCGGGCUAUACUGCGAGUGAUAUCUGGACCGAGGGCCUUUCGUGUGGUGCUCUUCACGCGCCUCACACCCAUCCCAUUUGGACUGCAAAAUGUGAUAUUCGGAAUCAGUUCCAUCAACACGAGGGACUACCAUGUGGCCACGUUGCUGGGCCUGCUACCUGCCCAGACCAUCAAUGUCUAUCUGGGCUCCACCCUGCGGUCCAUGCACGAGGUGCUCAACGACAACGACACCAAGCUGACGGGCUACAUUAGCUUUGUGCUCGAGGUUAUCUGCGGCGUUGUUCUGAUGUUCUGGGUGGUGCAGAAGGCGCGCAAAGAACUCUCCGAGACGCUGCUCACAGCGGACUACAGCAGCAGCAGCAACGAGGGCAAGCAUCCGGACAUUCAGGUAUAGCAGCACGCCAAUGAGGAGGAUGGCCCCCAGGCGAUCUCCGCAAACUGCCCGAAUCCGACUGAAUCUCCACAAGAGUCGCACAAGACUGCAACUGUGCAUUAAUUAGAUUAGAUUUGAUAGUGAUGGAGCUGGAGUUGGAUUUGUUUUAGGUUAAGAGUAACUUUGAGAAGUUCACAGGUGAUGCCAUUGAUGCCAAACAUUAAGCUAUCGCUACCUUUGUACAGCUACGGAUAUCGGUUAAUUGCUAUCCAUGAGACCCCAUGACACACAUGCCCACCCACUCACACAACCCGCACACACAUACUCAGACAUACACUGAUCAGACUAAGAAUAUAUAUAUAUAAAAAUACUAGGAUUAGAAAUAUCUAAAACUAAGUCGAAGAAGCCUCGCUCUUGCGGUCAUAAUGCUGCUCAAUAAACGUUGUUCAAUUACUAGCGGAUAAGCUUAGCCAAUAAAUGAGCCAACCUAAGGUACAACCAGGCUAGCUGCUCCUGCCUUGGGCCUGGCCGUAUCUCCAGCUGCGUAGUCGCUUGCUCAUGUGCUGCUGAAAGGCGGUCUCGAGUGUAUUUAGAGCCAACUCUACGUCCUCGAAGCCCACGCACAGCGGUGGCGUGAAGCUCAGCACCUGAGAGUGGGAAUAACAAGAGGAAAUAUUGUCAAAGCAUAAGCUCUUUAAGGAAUGCCAACACACACACGAUCGACUUACGACAUACGAAUGGAUUAGCAGAGAAAGUGGUUAGAGGAAGAGGAGAAUAUUAGAUCAUGACUUGAUAUUGGUUUUUUAUUUUAGUUAAUUCGGUUAAUAAAUGCAUUUUGUUUGAGACCU